AGAAGCUCUGAUAUCUAAUGGUCUUCACUGAUGCAGGUGACUCAGUGUUCAUAGCUGAACCUGUCGUAAGCAUUUCUUUGUAGUCUUUAUUUCCGCACCAUGAAGUUACAAAGUUUGGUAAUUUGUCUCCUGGCCCUGGUGGCUUUCUUCACAGCACAGGACUCAGAAAACACCAUGGCAAUGGCUGAGGACAACAUCACUACUGUGAUAACGGAGACUGACAACACCAUCGUGUUACCAGACAUCAUCACCACUAUGAUGCCAGAGAAUGACAGUACCACAGUGAUGCUGAAGGACACCACCACCACCAUGAUGCCAUCUACCACCACCACUGAAAUGCCAAUUUCCACCACCACAAAACCACCAACAACCACCACUAAGAUGCCAUCUACCACCACCACCACCGCAAUGCCAUCUGCCCCGACUACAAAACCACCCAUAACCACCACUAAGAUGCCAUCAACCCCUAGCACCACAGCAAUGCCAUCUACCACCAUGACCCAAAUUAGCACCAUCAUCAUGCAGUCUAGCCCUUCCACUGUUACACCAUUUACUACCACCAAUGUGCCACCUGAGAACAGCACCAACAGUACCAAACUUCUCAACAGCAGUCUUGGUUUGAAAGCUGUGCUAAUACUCUAUGUUCUACCUGUUCUAUUUUAUCUGGUGUGAAAAUGAACAUUAAAUUAAUUUUAAAAAAGUACAUACAUGGGAUUCAUAUUUGAUUUUGAAUUAUUGUCAUUAAAAAAAUCAGUGACAAUUUUUUUUUCCCAUAAUGUGUAGAAGUUAAUCAUCAGAGCUUUAUAAAUCAUACAUAUUAUAUAAAUUAUUAGAAAUUAUAUAAAUUUGUAUUUUGUAGUCUCUCAUAGUAUAGACUUGUUUGCUUUCUGAAAAAAAAUGGAAACAUAUUUAGAGAAAUAAUACAGAUAUUUCAAUGCCUAAGAUGAUAGACAUGUAUAUGUCUAGAAAAAUGGCAUUCUAUAAUCAAGUUCAUAUUUACAUUUCUUCUAAACAAGUAAAAUAUUUAUUUAUGCACAAUAUCAUGCUCUGUGGAAUUAUAAGAAUAUACAUUUAAUUACUUAUCAAAAAUGUGUGCAUUUUAAUUUCUUAAAAUAAAAAUGCUGUUAUACAUGUUUAUUUUAUGACUUUUGGAUUGGCACCCCAUCCAGGUUGUACCCUGCCUUGUGCCCAAGAUCCCAAUACAACUGGAUGAUGUAAAUUUUCAAAAUGACCACUGCUAUCUUUCUGUGAUUAGAAAAGACAUGAUUAGCAAGUUUAAUCUACACUGUUAUCUAGUGGUAGGACUAAUUUUUAAUGAGAUAAAACCUUAUAAUUUUGAGAUCACAACUUGUUUGAUUGAUUACUAUCUAUGUGAUGUAAAUAACUCUCCUAAAUGCAUUUAAAAUCAAUCAGUUUGCCCUGUUGUCCUAUAUAUACGCACAUUGCGCAGUAUAGAAAAUUAUAACCCAGUGAUCGAAACAUUUGUGCAUCUGAAUGCUUGAAAGGCUAAAUUUCUUUACAAAUUAGCCAAAUUAAAUAGGGAGGUGGCAGCAUUACAUCAGAGAUGUUAAUUUGUAAUAAAGAACAGAGAUGUUAAUUUGUGAUAAAGAACAGUGAUAACAUUAAUCCUUUUUUCUGAACUAAUGUCUCUAUCUUAAUGUUCUCUUGCACUGUGGGACAAGUAACUAAGGAAAACAUUUUACUACAGUGCAUCACACAUAUGUAAUAUGUAUGUGGCAAAUAAAGAACCUUUAACCUUAAACCUC